CGCACAAACAGCCGGCAAGCAAAAAGGAGAAGCGCGUCCGCCUCGUGCGUGCGUGCCCCCGUCCCCCCGCACUCCCUUCUCCCUCCCUCCCACGCGACGCGACCGCCCGGAGCGGCACGGCGCCACACCGACCACUAGUUUCUCCCCACUCCCCACCACGCUGGCCUCUGCUUGAGUGCUCCGGGGAGGCCGGCUGGGGCGCGGGCGAUGGCGAGGGUGAUGCACCGGUCGAGCUCGGACGGCGGGUCGAGCAGCGGGUGGUCGGAGGCGGCCGCGGCGGCGGCGGGGGAGGAGGAGAGGGCCGGAUGGGAGGUGCGGCCGAGCGGGAUGGUCGUGCAGGCCCGGGACAGGGGCGCCGACGGCGCCGCGGCGGGGGUGCCGCCCAGGCCGCCGCCGCCGGAGAUCAGGGUGCGGGUCAAGUACGGCGCCGCCACCCACGAGGUCGCCGUCUCCUCCAUUGCCACCUUCGGUGAGCUGAAGAAGGCGCUGGCGCCGAGGACGGGGCUGCAGCCGUCGGAGCAGCUGGUGACGUACAAGGGGCGGGAGCGGAAGAACUCGGAGUUCUUGGACAGGUUCGGCGUCAAGAACAAGUCCAAGCUGGUGGUGUCCGAGGACCCGGCGAGCCUGGAGCGGCGCUACAUCGAGCGGCAGAGGAACGCCAGGAUCCAGAACGCCAACCGCGCCAUCGGCGCCAUCGCCCUCGAGCUCGACAAGCUCGCCGAUCAGGUGACGAGCAUCGAGAAGUCGGUGUCCGGCGGGAGCAAGGUGGCGGAGGUGCAGAUCACGACGCUGAUCGAGCUGCUGAUGCGGCACGCGGUGAAGCUGGAGAGCAUACCUGCCGACGCCGACACCUCCUCGCAGAAGAACCUCCAGGCGAAGCGGGUGCAGAAGUGCGUGGAGGCGCUGGACGUGCUCAAGGUGUCCAACGCGCGGCUGCAGACGGUGGUGGUGACCACCAAGUGGGAGACGUUCGACAGCAGCCCCCCGGUCACCACCAAGUGGGAGAUCUUCGACUGAGUUAAGCAGCAGCAGCAGAGAUUUUUCUUUAUACAGAAGAGUGUCUAUUUUCGUGCCGUCAGUUUUGGUGUCUUGUUCCUUGCCCAUUAUUCGUUUUUGUAAUCGCGGUGAGCUGGUUUAGGUUAGUAGGUCGCAGCAGGAGGACCCCGGAUCCCACCGUUUGUUUCGUCUGUUUGUAAUCAUCGUCGUCGUCACACCCGCUCGAUUGAUGGACGGAUCUCACUCCAAUAAACAGCAAAGCAGCACUGUUCUUUAGUGUGCUCUCCAAA